AUGAUCUUUGUGAAUAUCUUUCUCUUAUAUGUAUUUUUUUUUAUUAUAACAGCUUAUGGAAAAAGCUAUUAUGAAGUAUUGGGCAUAAAGAAGAAUGCUAGUGCAACAGAGAUCAAGAAGGCGUACCGACAAAUGAGUCUGAAAUAUCAUCCUGAUAGGAACACAUCACCAAAUGCAUCUGAAAUGUUUAAAGAAAUAGCGACGGCUUACGAAGUAUUGAGUGAUGAAGGGAAAAGAAGUAUUUAUGAUCAAUUUGGAGAAGAGGGUCUAAAGCAACAUACAGAUGGGUUUCAACGAAAUGAUCCUUUUGAUUUGUUUUCUAUGGGUUUUGGCGAUAUAUUUGGUAUGGGACGUGGAAAAGAUAGCAGUGAUACUCCUAGAAUUGCAGAUACUAUUUUGAAGCUUCACGUUUCACUAGAACAACUUUACUUUGGCGAGGUGAUAUCAGUUUCAUACAAUAGACCAGUUGUUUGUAUCAAUGCUGAAGAUUGUUUUAAGAAUCGAAAUGAUUGUGCUGGACCAGGGACAAGAUUAUUUACUCAACAAAUGGGUCCAGGUUUCAUGGUCCAGCACCAGAUCAAUGAUCCCUCAUGCGUUGCGCGACGAAAGGGAUGGGAUAAGAACUGUAAGUCAUGUCCAAACGGUCCAACAGAGCUUGAAAGUGCUAUAUUGACUGUCUACAUAGAGGCUGGUAUGCACACAGGUGAUACAAUUCGCUUUGAGGGUUCUGGAGAACAGAAAUUAGGUCAUGAACCUGGAGACUUGAUACUAGUAAUCCAAGAAGUUGAGCACCAUCAGUUUAAAAGAGUAGGAAAUGAUCUACACACAAAUAUGGUGAUUGAUUUGGUGGAUGCAUUACUUGGAUUCUCAAUACCUCUGAGUUUUAUUGAUGGUAGUUAUGUGAAUAUUAAAAAAGAUACGAUAACCUCUAAUGGUGAUGUACUCCGAAUUGCUGGAAAAGGCGUCCCUAUAUCUAAUUCGAAGAGUAGUGGAGAUCUGGUCAUAACAUUUACCUUGCAAAUGCCUACAAAGCUAAGUAGUACACAGAAACAGCUUUUGCAACAGGCUCUUAAUAAAGUGUAA